CUGAAUUUAAAGGCAGGGCAGAGAGAGAGAGAGUUAGAUUUAGAUUGCUGCAGCUUUCACUCUUACUGGGAGUCAACGAGUUUGUUUCAAGUGUCUUCUGGAGCGACAGUUGCAGUUUAAAAAUGCCACAUCCUGUGACCCUUUACGGACCGUCACCUUGGGGCUUUAGAUUAGUAGGGGGCAAAGACUAUAGUCAGCCCCUAACUAUCUCCCGGGUUACCCCUGGAAGCAAGGCAUCCUCAGCUAAUCUUUGCCCUGGUGAUGUUAUUGUGGCUAUCAAUGAAGACAGUACAGAGAAUAUGAACCACCUGGAUGCUCAAAACAAGAUCAAGGCCUGCACAGACCAGCUCACUCUCUCUAUUAACAGGGUGGAGAACAAAUCCUGGUCCCCAAAUGGUUUUGAAGAUGGAAACUCCCAUCCUUUCAAAGUCGAUGUGCAGUCGCAGUCACAAGAUUACAGACCCAUUGGAAGUUCAAAUAACAGAAAGCCAAUGCCUUUUGCGGUUGAAGCCAAGCAAUCAGCAAGUAUACAGUACAACACUCCUGCUGCACUCUAUACUAAUGACAAUGUAAAUCACACUUUACAGAAGCAAUUGAGUGGUCUUCACGUUACCUCUCCUCAGCACACUGAUCCACCAAAGUUAUCACCAAAGCUGUGGAAUGAGGUUGACACUGAAUCAGAUGUUUAUAAGAUGCUUCAGGAUGGUGAGGAGCCAGCUUCAGAACCUAAACAGUCUGGAUCUUUCAAAAUACUACAGGGCCUGCUGGAGGCAGAGCAGACAGGUGAGAAAAGUGAAAGGCCAGCUAUCACCAAAAGUGUAAAAUCUCCAGUAACAAAGUUCAACAGUUCUGCACCCACACUACAGAAGUUACCACAGUGCACUAGAUGUGAGACUGGCAUAGUUGGGGCUGUGGUUAAGGCACGAGAGAAAUUGUACCACCCAGCGUGUUUCAUGUGUUCUGACUGUGGAUUAAACCUGAAGCAGAAAGGCUACUUUUUCAUCGAAGAGCAACUAUACUGUGAGACCCAUGCAAAAGCAAGAGUGCAGCCUCCAGAGGGAUAUGAAGUCGUAGCUGUGUAUCCCAAUUCCAGAGUAUAAGCUUUUAAACAUGUGCCUUCUGGAUUUUUUAUAUUUAAAAAUAAUUAAAAAAAAAAGUUUUUUGUUUUU